UUAAACGGUAUCAGAGGGUACAAGGUUCCUAUGGCGUACAAGUUUUAUAGUACCCCCAUUCACAAUCACGUGCGCCAAUUAUACACACUGUACGUAUCAGAAUAACGAUUUUUUUUCAACUGUAUAUACGAGAUUCUUCCUUGUGAUAUGUAUAGGUUUUACAUUCUCCGGCGAAAUGAAAUCUACUGAUUAAGGUGUGGACUUCCUGCUAUUUCUCACCUGUGUACGGGAAACUGUAAUGUGUUUCACAACACCAAAGAAUCUCAGAUAAAGAAAACCGAAGUAAUGACUACAAAUACAACUCCAUAUAUAAAUAUAACUCCAUAUAAUAUCUCAACGACACCCGAAUCAGCAAAUGCACCAACAACAAAACAUACCCCAGCACAUAACGGGCUUCCAAACGAUGACAUCGAAAUCAUCAUUAUCGUCAUCUGUAUCGUAGCUGUCAUCGCUCUCUUGGUACUCAUGUAUACAUUAUACAAGAAAUUAAGAUACUCCAAAUCGUGUGUGAGAUUGAAGAAUUUAACUAGACGAAGAUCUUCCACAACUGGGAGCCAUCACCCACUGGAACCUGAUGAAGUGGAAGAUCUCCCACCUCCGAGAACUGAACGAGAAUUGUUCUCCAUUGGAGACCAUGACGACAUUGAUACGCGAUUAGGAGGUGCACCAGACGAUGGCUAUUUCUUUGAUGAAAUUUACGAGAAAUCAGCAUUUGUUGACGAAGUCACGAACUCUUCAUUAAAGGAACUUAGAAUUCCAACAGAAAGUGACAAUGUGCCAGAUUUACUAUUUAGGUCAUCUCGGUAAUGAUCGAGGCAUUACUUUCUAUUCUUUCAAAUACUUCAUUUUAUAUAAGACAUCUAUCACAAAAAAUGCUCAUUAAUUUAAUUUCUUCAUCGUUUGAAUUCAGAAUAAAUCCAAUUUAAUUGAUUUAAA